ACCUUGUCUCAGUUCAAUCUCAGGCGAAUAACAUAAGAUCUUUGUCAUAACUCUCGAUUCGUUUGGCGAACGUUGGCUUCAACGAACUGCUUAAGUGGCUCUAUCUUUACGGCCUUCUUCCCCAACCCCGAGAGUUUACUAGUAUGAAUUGCCACAACACGAUUCUCGCCGUAAUCCCAUUUCGCCUCUCGACGUUGUUUUGACGCGAUUCAUUCCCAUGUGGGUUUGUCCUACUUCGUUAGUUUCACAUGGGAGAUGCUUCAGAAGAGCUCUGUAUCAGCGUCUGUUUUCGGUUUGCUGUGAUGUUUGGAUGAACCCUAAUGUAUCAGAUUCUGAACAAUGGGUUGAUACCCAGAAAGGAGGUAACUUUAAUUACAACGCAUUGGAGUUGCAUAAAGUUGGAGUUUUGCGGACCUUUUAUAGUUUGAGUGACGACCCUUCUACUGCUUUGUCGUUUCUGUCGCAAGUUAAAGAACAUGGGGUUUCGCUCGAUCUUUACACAUACGCUGCUGUUGUUAGAUCCAUUUGCUGUUGGGGUUUCCAGAGGAAGUUAGAUUCGAUAUUAGUGGAACUCAUUAAAGAAGAUGAUGAGGAACGUGGUUUCAGUGUCAUGGAUUUGGUAGGUGCGGUUGCAGAAGGUGAGGAAGAAGGGUCCAUGGUGUUGACCCUACUCUCCAAUGGCUUGGUCAAAGCUUAUGCUAGUCUCAGAAUGUUUGAUGAAGCUAUCGACACUUUGUUCCAGGCCAAUCGUGGGGGAUUUGUUCCGAAUAUCCUUUCUUGCAACUUCUUAUUGAACCGUUUGAUUACGCAUGGGAAGAACAGUACAGCUGUGUCUAUUUUUCGACAGCUCAAGCGGAUCGGUCUGAAUGCGAAUGAUUACACUUAUGGAAUUGUGAUCAAGGCAUCGUGUAAAGAAGGUAAUUUGGAAGAAGCGUCUGAUCUGUUGCACGAAAUGGCAGAAGCAGGGAUGACAACAAACGUGUUUGCUUAUACGACGUAUAUUGAAGGGCUCUGCAUGAAUCAGAGGACAACUUUAGCUUAUCAGCUGCUUGUAUGGUUGAGGAAUGCAAAAAUUCAGGUGGAUAUCUUUGCAUAUGACAUGGUGGUCAAAGGGUUUUGUAACGAGAUGAAUAUGGAAGCGGCUGAAUAUGUUAUGCUUGACAUGGAACAACAUGGGUUUGAACCUGUCGAACAUGUUUAUUCGAAUGUAAUUUCUGGGCACUGUAAGAACGGUAAUUUAGUUAAAGCCCUGGAAUUUUACAAUAAAAUGAAGGAGAGGGGAGUAAAAAUAAAUUGUGUGACCGCAAGCACGAUCCUUCAGAGCUUUUGUUUGACCGGCAUGUAUGCGGAAGCCUUCGAUAUGUUCAUAGAGGUUAGAGACAUGGGUAUUUUCUUAGAUAGAGUUUGCUACAAUGUAGCAUUGGAUGCUUUGUGCAAGCUAGGAAAAGUAGAAGACUCUGUUGUAUUACUCGAGGAGAUGACUCGGAGACAUUUGGUUCCUGAUGUCAUCAACUAUACCACUUUGAUAGGUGGGUAUUGUUUACAAGGUAAGGUUGUUGAUGCCCUAAAUUUGAUCGAUGAAAUGAAAGAAAAGGGUCUGAAGCCUGAUAUGGUUACAUACUGUGUACUUGCCCGGGGAUUGGCCAGGAAUGGUCACAAAAAAGAGGCAUGUGAUGUUCUAGACGAAGUGAGAGCUCAAGGUCUAGAGCCUAAUGCUGUUAUUCACAAUGUGAUCAUUGAAGGCUUGUGUAUUGCAGGUAAAGUAGCAGAUGCCGAAGAGUUUUUGAGGAGUCUGAGAGAUAAAAAAUGUCUAGAAAAUUAUGCUUCCAUGGUAAAAGGUUACUGUGAAGCUGGCCUUCCGGAAGAGGCCUUUGAACUAUUCAGUAAACAGUCUAAGAAAGUAAAUUUUUGGAGCAAGAAUGUGUGCUUUAAGCUAUUCACUAGUCUUUGCAACGAUGGUCACAUUGACAAAGCUAAAGCCGUAAUGGAGACAAUGUUGGCUUUUAAGAUUGAACCUAGCAAAAGCAUGUUUGGUGCUUUAAUAGGUGCUUUUUGUCGGGUCAAUGAACUGAGAAAAGCCCAGCUGUUGUUCGAUGAUAUGGUGACGAGAGGGAUGAUUCCUGAUCUGUUUACAUACACGAUUAUGAUUAACGCAUACUGUAGAGAAAAUCGUUUGCAGAAAGCGAAUCUUCUUUUUGAUGAUAUGAAGCAGAGAGGAAUUAAACCUGAUGUGAUAGUGUACACAGUUUUGCUCAACGGCCAUAAAAUGGGUUCAAGAUGUUGUUCUGGUACAGAUGCUGAACAAGACGAGGUGCUGAGGACGAAUGCUUUGACAUUAUGGGCGGAAAUGAAUGCAAGUGAUGUCAAGCCAGAUGUUAUUUGCUACACUGUACUGAUCGAUAAACAAUGCAAGACAGAGAACCUUGAAGAUGCAGCAAAACUCUUUGAUCAGAUGAUAGAUGAGGGGCUGGAGCCUGAUUUUGUGCCAUAUGCUGCUCUAAUAUCUGGCUAUUGUAGGAAAGGGCAUAUCGAUAAGGCAAUCACACUUGUUUCUGAAGCAUCACAUAAGAACAUACGGUUAGAUAGACGUUCUUUGGCCGUAGUAAAGCGUGGUAUUUUAAAAAGCCGUUAGAUUUCAAUGUCGGUAAUGAGCCAGCAAUUGCGGUGAACCACAUGAGCUGUUGUGACAGCUAGGUGAACCACAUGAGCUGUUGUGACAGCUAUCUCCUGGGGGCAAACCAGCACAUAUGAGUGAAUCAUGGCAGAUAACAUUGUGGAUAUUGAGAACAUAUCCUUCUUACCAUAAAGCCUGGCUCUGCUGCAUCAGCAGAGAAUUCAAGAUCUGGAAUAUCGUUUGCAGAUUUCAAAUUUCAAGAUUUGGAACACAUCUGCAUAUAGGGUCCUUUCUUGGGUUGCCUUGUACACAUUCAUAGGGUGAGAAAGAUCAGUUGAUGACACUUAAGAGCGAUUGAUCUUACCAUGAAUUCUUUCUGUUGUAAUCUUGCAGUUGAUACCGCCUCAUGUUUGGUAUGUAUAGAUUUAGAACAUCGUUUGCAGAAUUCAAUUUUGUAAUUAAUACGAAUAGUAGGAGUAUUUUUUUUCCAACACAAUCUCUAUGGUUGCUUUUGUGAACACAAAUCACAGUUUUAGGGAUCAAAUGGUAGAUUGGACUGUUUCCUAUUCCAGUGUUCUGUUUCACCAGUCUUCCAUGGCUGUAUUUUGACAAUCCUCAAACUCUGUUUUACCUAGAAGGCAAAGCCAGGGACAGGUCAUGGUAAUAAUCUGACGAAUCUGAAACCAAUCCAAAAGAGACAAAAAAAAAAA